ACUUCCUUGCAACUCCACGUCUGCCCACGAGACAGUUCAUAACUUUCUUUGUGCUUUCUGCUUCUUCUGACUCACUUAGUUUAUUUUCCCACUCACGUGUUGUACUUCAGGUCUCACUGCAGCUGCACUGCAGCUAGUUCACGCUCAGAGAUGCAUCGUUUUCAGGGGGUCCAGAGUUCACCCGAAAGAUGUGGAUCCUUGAUCAGGGGAGCUUUCUCACAUAUAUAAAUGAUGAGGACUUCCCAGAAAGUCGCUGGGCCUCAUUCGUCAACCAUGCGCACGCACAGAUAUGUGCAGACUGAGAAGGUACGAGCAUUUCUAGACAGUGUGUGGGAUUUAUCAACUUGGAUUUGUGCUUUGGAACGUGUGAAGAUUGAUGCACAACUCUUGGCCAUGCGGACACACAAAAUCUAUCAGAAGAAUAGUGAAAUGGCAAACAGAAAGCAUGAAGAGAGCAUUCUUAAAUUUCACUAAUUUCCCCUGUUCCCUCUCAUUAGUGAAAAUUUAUUUAUUUAUUAGAGAUUGAAUCCCCGUUAGUUUCCACCAGGGUGACAGCGAGUCUUCCUGGGGUCCAUAACUGCUUUAAACACUCAUAAAAUUUAGUAAUACAAAAUUAGGGAUUUAGUGCUUUUGCAGAUGGGAGUAAUUGAUGUGACAAGCUAUAAAGGGCAGUUGUAACAGGACAGCUUAAAAAGAAAGCUUGAAAUACACGCCCCAUGGCCUAUCUUGCGCUACUGGAGGAUUUGGAGAACCGCGCGUUCCGCAGGGAGCGUGUUUUCAAGGACCGCGCAGAUCUGUUCAGUGAGAGCAGCGAGUGGCUUCUGAGCAAGUACCGCUUCCCCAAAGACGUCUUGAUGGAUUUAUGCUGUGAUGUGCAGCCCAUGCUGGAGCGAGAGACGAAACGCUCCAAUCCCAUCCCAGCGCACGUCCAGCUCAUGUCCACUCUGGGAUGUUUGGCCAACGGAACCUUUCAGCGAGAGAUGGCAGACAUAUACGGCGUUUCGCAGCCAACAAUGAGCAGAAUUCUACCGACAGUGCUGGAUGCAAUAAUUUCUCUGGCUCCGACUUACAUCCAGUUCCCAUACGAGAAUCACCGACAAGCCGAAAUUAAACAAGGAUUUCACGCCGUCGCCGGAUUCCCAAACAUCAUUGGAGCCAUCGGUUGCACCCACAUCGCAAUAAAAGCACCAUCGCACAACGAAUGCAGCUAUAUCAACAGCGAAGGAUAUCAUUCAAUCAAUACCCAGAUAAUCUGUGAUUCAACUAUGUCUCUGUUGAACGUUGUUGCCCGCUGGCCUGGAGGAACGCCGGACUCCUCCAUUCUGCAGAACAGCUCUGUGGGUGUUCAGCUCCAAGCAGGAGCUGUUGAGGAUGGCUGGCUUAUUGGUGAUCGGGGAUAUCCUCUAAAGCCGUGGCUGAUGACCCCGGUAGCCAACCCGAGUACUCCGCAGGAGCAGCACUACAACCGGGCCCAUGCGCGCUCAAGAGCAGUAGUGGACCACGCAGUAGGCCUGCUAAAAGGCCGAUGGCUGUGUCUGUCCAACGUGGGGGGGAUACUGAAGUACGAACCUAAAAAAGUCUGCCAGAUCAUAUUGGCUUGCUGUGUGCUUCACAACUUAGCCAUCAAACGAGGCGUCCCUCUGCAGGAACCCCCCAGAGAGGACAAGCCCCUGCUCAGUGCAGAGCCUUUCCCACCUCCUGAUCCUGCUGCCAUUCAAACCAGAGAGACGAUCAUUCAGAGAUUUAGCACAGCCUCUGUCAGCACUGUCACUCUCCCAGGAUGCACUGAAUUGGUUUGGGAUGACCACAGCUCCUCUGGCUCCUCCAACCCCUCCACCUCCACCGCUUCGUCCACCUCCAGCGCCUCCUCUACCUCCACCACCUCUUCCUCCGACUCUUGACCACAGGCAGGACUGGCUCCAGUUUCUGAGCUAUUGAAGAAACAUUGUCACAUUGAGUUCAAUUCAUACUCUCAACUUAAACUGUAUAAAAUGCAGAUUUUUUUUUUACCUGCAGCGUGACUGGCCAGUGUUACAGCUGGUCAUGUUGGCAGAGCGCCAGCCACAUACUGCUGUUUGCCCGAUGUUGCUGGCAAUACGGGUGUCCAUGGGUGAAAGCUGUUGUUCCUUGUCCUCCUCCAGUGACAGACAUUUUGCGUCUGUUGGCUGUGAUGCGUUUCUUGGCACCGAGUUUCAGAUCAAACCAUUUCUUUUUUAGUUUCCAGGAGUUAUCUUUCCUCUGACCCAACAGAGUUUACAGCUGCUGCUGCCUUCUCCCGCACAAUUUUUUUUUCUUUUGUUGGUCACACCUGCAUUUAUUGUUCCAAAUACUAUAUUUUGUUGUGAUUUCUCCAAGUAAUACUUAAAUCUCCAUGUCGGGGAAAUUCCUCUUUGCCUUGGACAGGUGGCCGCACGCUUUAUCAUUGUUUUUGUUUUUUUUUUGUAUGUGCACAUAUUCUAUAUGUCUAUCUUAUGACAGAAAUUGGAGCCUGUUCUUCACUGAGAUUGAUACAUGAGGCCCCUUUUACACAUGUCAUGCUUUAAAGAAGAUAUUGUGUAAAAUUGAAGUCAUGCCACUUUUUUUACAUCGGGUGGCAGUGUUGAAUAGGUUCAUUAUCAGUUUGUUGAGUUUUGGCUAGUCUUUUGUCAGUUUGUGUAUUUGCAGUGGUGCAUAUUGCAAAAUUUUCAGUGUUCAAACUUGUUGAUCUGAAGAUGUCUCAUGUUUACAUUUUCAAUGGUAAUUCUGGGUUGUUUCAGUUGGUGGAUUUUGUUGAAAACUGCCUCUGUGAAGUCAUGGUUUGGGCAUUAGUGUAUCAAAUAUUCAGCUUUUUGAGAGACUCACACACCAUCUUGUGGUGGAAUAUUGUAUCACAAGGUCACAAAAAUGUCCAUGAGAUAAUCUCCGAUCUUUUUUCUUGUUUGACUGAUUAUUUUAGGUUUUUAUUUCAACUUUAAGGAAUUAAAGC